GCACAAUGGAUAAACUUCACCUUGCCCAGACUGCAUAUUUAGCACUUUUUCUUUCCUCUUUCUUUCGCCACAAAAACUGGCCUUCCGUUUGAAUAGUUUUCUUCAAUUUCCAAGAUUGAUUUUCACUAUGAAAAGUUGUUCCUUGAACUUUUAGAAGAUACCCCUGUUGUUUGUCUAUAUAGAACAAAAGUAUAAAGCAAAGCCUAUAAAGCUCUAGUUUCAAGAACCAGUAGUAUAAUUGCUAAUAGUGUUUGUUUCUUCAAAAUUAGGCUCUAAUCUUGAUACCCUUUUGUUUUCUUGAGGUGAAGCAAUUGUUGGGUACUAAAUCUUGAAACCCUUUUUAAAAUUUCAAGAUUUUUCUGGAUCAAAAUUAGUUCUUGAGGUCUUUAGGGUUGGUAAACAGUAGUUAUUUAUUAUGGGUCUUUUGGGCUUGAAUUUUGUGAUGGGCACUAAAAUCCUUAUGUUAUUUAUGAUGGUAAAUACUGUGCACAGUAUUGGGGCUAAUUGGGGAACACAGGCAACUCAUCCUUUGCCUCCUUCAACUGUUGUGAAAUUACUAAAAGAUAAUGGAAUUCAGAAGGUGAAGCUUUUUGAUGCUGAAUCAAAUUUUUUGAAUGCUUUGAGGGGUUCCGGGAUAGAGGUUAUGGUGGGCAUCCCAAAUGAUAUGUUGUACACUCUUGCUAAUAGUCCGGCUGCUGCUGAAAGAUGGGUGGAGAGGAAUGUUUCUUUACAUGUUUUAUCUAAUAGUGUUGACAUCAGGUAUGUCGCAGUUGGGAACGAACCUUUCCUAUCAACUUUUAACGGAACCUACCUGUCAACCACUUUUCCAGCUCUUCAAAACAUUCAGGAAGCCCUGAUUAAAGCCGGCAUUGGCAAUCGAGUGAAAGUCACUAUCCCACUCAAUGCUGAUGUCUACCAGAGUUCGACUGAGCAACCUUCGACUGGUGACUUCCGGCCUGAUAUUCGUGACCUCAUGGUUGAGAUUAUUAGUUUCAUGAGUCUUCAUGCGGCCCCGUUCACUGUCAAUAUUUACCCGUUCAUAAGUCUCUACAACGAUGCCAACUUUCCAUUUGAUUAUGCCUUCUUUGACGGAUACUCAUCGCCUAUCAAUGACAAUGGAAAUAUAUACACCAACGUGUUCGAUGCAAAUUAUGAUACCUUAGUAUGGGCUCUGCAGAAGAACGGAUUCGGAAACUUAAGCAUAAUAGUUGGAGAAAUUGGUUGGCCUACGGAUGGAGACCAGAAUGCAAAUAUGAGGUUAGCACAAAGGUUUAACCAAGGCUUCAUGUCCCAUAUCUCGGGAAACAGGGGGACCCCAAUGAGACCGGGCCCCGUGGAUGCCUACUUGUUUAGCUUAAUAGACGAGGACGCCAAAAGCAUCCAACCAGGUAACUUUGAACGACACUGGGGAAUAUUCUACUUCGAUGGUACGCCGAAGUACAAUCUCCGCUUGGGUGGUAACUUGGGAGGUUUGAUACCAGCAAGCAACGUUCGGCAUCUGCCCCGUCGUUGGUGCGUGCUCUCACCCUCUGCAAAUCUUCAAGAUCCUCAAGUGAUACCAAGUGUGAGCUACGCAUGUUCCCGUGCUGAUUGCACGAGCCUCGGAUAUGGGACUUCUUGUCAAAACUUGAAUGCUCAACAGAACAUUUCAUACGCUUUCAACAGUUAUUACCAGGAAAAGAACCAGCUCGAUAGUGCCUGCAGAUUUCCAAAUCUUUCUGUGAUCAUGAAAAACGAUCCAUCGGUUGGAGAGUGUAGGUUUAAAAUCAUGAUCCAGACCUCAAAUUCCAGGAAUGGAGGAUUCUUAUCAGAGCCAGUUAAUAUGUUGCUUCAAGUGAUUAUGUUAUUGUUUACCUUCUUGUGAUCAUAUAGAAAUGAUGCACUUGGUUAUUCUCUUGCCAUGUGUAUACUUGGUGUGAAGUACAAGAAGGGGUUCGACAGUACAAUUGACAAUAUUUUAGUUCUUUUCUUUUAGAAAUAUUGUUGGAGUGCUGUCUAAUCUAUUUUAUCAUAUGUUAUUAAAUUAUUGUUUAUUGUAUAUUAUGUGCUAUACCUUUUAUU